AUGAUGGGAUUCGCCGCCGUCGCACUUGUCCUGGGAUGCGCUUACGGAUUGCCCUCUGAGGAUCUGGACAAACCGCACAAGUGGGUCCCCGCGGAGCAGUGCACCUUCGUGAAUCCCCCGAGGGUUCCGUACUACUGGGACGAGAAGUGUGCUGUUGAGUCUUUGGGCUGUUGGGCAGAUGGGGUUCACAAUCAAUGCCGAUUUUGCGGGGAGGCUCCAUACACAGGGCUGAAAUGCCCUGAGGACGCUAUUGUUCCGAAUCGCCGAGCCUGCGCUUUCGACAAUCCUCCGAUUGUUCCCUUCUACUGGGAGCCGACAUGCGAGGACGGCAUGUUGGGAUGCUUCGCUGAUGGACACAACCUGGGUUGCAGGUAUUGUGGCCACGGGAUCUAUGAAAACGUAAGUUGCCCAACAUCUGUGUGCAGCUUUGUCAACGAGCCCGUGACACCGUACUACUGGGAUACCUUGUGUCAGAUGGGUAUGCUGGGAUGCAAUGCAGAUGGGAUCCACGUCCAGUGCCGGUUUUGUGAUUUUCAGCCCUUCAAUGCCAUUCAGUGCCCUGAAAGUGCGCGGCCAACCUACGAAGAUGGGGAAUGCUGGUUCCCAAUGGGCACAGCUCAGACUCACAAGUGGAACCCGCGAUGCCAGUGGGGCAUUCUGGGCUGCUGGGCCGAUGGUGUGCACAGGCAGUGCCAGUACUGUGGCCCUGGCUCCGACGGAAUCUAUGAAGGCAUCAAUUGCACUGAUGAUGAUCGUCGUCUACAUGGCCACGAGGGUGAGGCCCAAAAGGGGAGCUCUGUAGUCUUCCCGUGA